UCUUAUUUGGACAGUUGACUUUCAGUUGUUGAAGGGGGCUGGAGUCUGAGUUCUUUGCAACGCAGUUUCGUGGUUUUGUAGCUACAUUGAAUCUAAGUCACUUUAUCAAAACCAUGGCUUUUCUCAGAUCCCGCAUUUUCACCGACGCUCUUUUCGGUCAAAGAUAUAGAGGGAUGUGCAAUAAACUUCAGGAGACCAAAUCAGAGUCUGCUCCUGCAGCGCCGGCACAAGCACCACGUCCCUCUUUCAAAGUUCCAGGCUACAGACCCACUGAAAUGGACAAGAAAAUUUUCAUCUGGUCAGGUCGGUUCAAGUCGGUAGACCAGAUACCAGAGGUUGUGUCGUUUGAAAUGAUUGAUGCUGCGAGGAACAAACUCAGAGUUAAAGCUGCCUAUUUUAUGAUGGCAGCCACAAUAGGAGCCUGUUUGUUGAUGGUAAUCUUAGGCAAAAGGGCUGCAGGCAGGCACGAGUCAUUGACAUCUCACAACAUGGAAAAGAAAGCCAGGUGGAGGGAGGAACUCCAGAGAGACAAAGACACUGUUACUGUGUCUGAAAAGUAAUGGAGAGAAACUCAUCCCAGCAAAGUCAUACCUGCCCGAACACUUGACAGAUAAUCCCCUUUUGUACUGUGCGUACCACAGCUAUCUUCUUGAGAAGAAUAUGUAUCAAAUAUCAGAGCAGUUAGUACAUUUUAGUAGUACUUUUUCCAAGCAGGAAAUUGGCCUUUAAACAAACAACCCCUUGCAAAGAUUAAUCUGCCAAGUGAUUGUGUUGGAAUGAGGUUAUAAACCGGCACUUAAUGAGUAAAAGUUAACAUUUGUAGUACUAGCAAUUUUGUUGUAUCAGUGGAAAACCAUGGUGUUAAAACCCAGUGCUUUUAGAAUUUAUUGGAGACAAUGGAUUCCAUGAUUGGAUCAUUGCACAGCUUGAGACAAGACUUGCAGGUCUUGUUUUUUCUGCCUUGUGAAGGCAUGCUCAUCUUCAGUUUUUACAAAACACGCAGUGGAUUAGACAUGAACGGUUCCUUGAUCUUGUUUAGAUGCUAAUAUGAUCACGUUUAUAACAUCUGUGUUUGUAAAUAGGGAUCACCAUAAAAAGGUUCAAUUAAGUAAU